CCUCAAAAUCAGACAUACCUUAUCUCCAUGUCUCUAUAUCUAUAUCUACAAUAUGUACUAGAUAUCGAACUGUCUAUCAAUAAAUAUAUACACAAACCUCAAUUUUGUCAUCAAUUCCAAAGAAGACUUCACGACUUUUCUGAAGACUCAUUCAAAAGCGCGAUUAGAGACUGCAUUUUCAGUGAAUCAGGAACAUUUUCCAAGGAUAAUAAUGGCGGACCACCUUGUUUUGUGUGUCGAUCGUCUUAUCACACCUGAAUCAUUGCAAUCACUGCAAGGGGCUGAGGUCACUGGAUCGUCUGGAAUGGGUUCUUGCACUCACAUGGCUGAUCCGUCCACUUCUGGCAAUGCCAUUAAGGAGGUGAGGGAACAUGAUGUAGCUGACGAAGAGGAACCACUAAUUGAGUCAGUGGAAUGCCGCAUUUGCCAGGAUGAGGACAGCAUGAGAAACAUGGAGAUCCCUUGUGCUUGUAGUGGCAGCUUGAAGUCUGCUCAUAGGAAAUGUGUUCAGCGCUGGUGCAAUGAGAAAGGAGAUAUAACUUGUGAGAUCUGUCACCAGCCUUAUCAACGUGGUUAUACUGCCCCACCACCUGCCCCUCACUCUGAAGAUACUACAAUUGAUAUCAGAUUAGAUCUCAAAGUCUACAAUUGAAAUCUCUCUCAGUGGGCUUCUCUCAGCUUUGAAGACUUGGAGGGCUAAACAUGUUGGCAUUUGACCAUUAAUUCAUGAGAAGAGGACGCUAACAUAUUCAGGAACAGAUCCAGGGAAGUUUGUUAAUUUCUCUCUCUAAAAAUCUAAAUCAGAGAUUCAAUCUCCCAAUAACUAUCCUAGCCCAAGUCGCCAAUGGAGCUUAGCUGCCAGUUUCUUGAGAGAGUAUUGCACUAAUGUGAUAACUAAGCAAUAGAGGUUUUAGAGAAGUCUUUUUUUUUUACCUUAAUAUGAAAUAGAGAGAGAGUUUAGAAAGGCACGAAGCAAGAGAAAAAGAGGGGUUAACAAAAAACUAAACGCAAGAUACUAAACGGAGACAAAAAAAAAAAUAUCUUUAAAGUUAGGGUUAGAGGUCUGAUAUCCUUUGAUAUUGGAGUGCAAUCGUAUAAAAGUGGUGUGUGAAUAUUGUCUCUCUUUCUUUAAUUUGAUUUUCUGUCCCAAUUUAUUCUCUAUUCUUUGCAUUAAUUUAUUGAAAUUUGGUUUGAACUGCAGAGGAUGCUUAAUAAAUUAGAGAGCUUUACAAUCAAAACAUACUUUAUGCUAAUUUUUCUCCUCCCUCCAUCUUACUUUCCAUUAUUGGUCUUUUACUGUGAGGAGGCUUGGAAUCUUCAAAAAGUUGAAUGUCAAGAAAUCAAUGAAAGGAAAUUCAACGAAGAUCUCCUUGUCUUGUUGUGUUUCCAUCUUCACGUAAGUGGUGAGAUGGACGAGUAAGAAGCAUAUGGUGGAAAACACUAAUGGCCCUUACCAUGAACCACCAUCCUCCCAUCCAGAAAAAAUCCAAGCAACAACCUUCCCGGAAAAUCCCUUUACCAAAUCAUCUCAAACCACCUACAAAUCCUUCCCCUCAUAAUAUCAGAAUUUCCCAUACUCCACAAGUCAGGAAAACCCCAAAUAACUCAUCUCUCCCUAAACAGUCUUCCUCUAACUCCAUGCAAGUUUACCAUCCUCCCAUUCCACCACACAAUGGUCAAUCACACGAUUCCUUUCCUCCCCCAGUACAUAACCCAAUUCGCAUCUCCCUCCCAUCUUCUAGCCAAGCUCCGGCCAUCUCAAGGAACAGUAAACCACCACUACCACAUGCUAAAGCUCACAUCCCAGGAUCUACUUCAAAAGGCAACGAAUCCAAUAACUUCAAUACAGCGUUGUAUAAAUCCCCAGGCCACCAAAUUGAAAGAUUGACAGAGGAACUCGAGUGGGCACAAAAGAACCUUGGGAAAUUACUUGAAAGGUACAAGGAGCUGAAGAAGACAAUGUCAGAAUUAAGAGUUUAGCUUGCAAAAAGCAAGUUAUAAGUUUCCAUUCCUCUACUACCACCACCGGCAACUGUCAUCAACCAUCCACCACCAAAUGACAUCCUUGUCCCUCACACCAAUGACGGCCAUGUUCCAGACUCAAUUUCAAAUUUGAAUUUCAAAUCCAUUGAUCAGGUAAGCUCAAGUCAGCUUCUACCACCUAAGAGCAGGUCCAAUGGACAAAAAUUUAGCGAUUUUUGGCCAGGUUUGGAUAUUGGACUGCUCCAAUAGGGUCGCCAAAUAUUGGGCCCCACCAAAUGGAUCGCGGUAUUUCUAUGACCCUGUUGGCGAGCUGCGGGCCCGCAUCCAUUUUCAUUUAAUUUUUUUAUUCUGGCCCAAAACUGACAUUUAGCCCAAAAAAACUGUUCCUAAGGGCAUGUUUGCCUGGAUAAAAAAAAAAAAAAAAAAAAAAGAAGGAAAAAAUCAGUUUUUUGGCUGAUUUUGGUCUUUUUUUUUUUCUCUUCAAAAUAAUUGAACCAAAGAGUCGUUAAGACACUGUUUGGCUGACACAAACAAUGCCUUAAGGGCUUUUUUGGGCAAGAAAAGUUAAAAAAAAAAUAGAUAAAAGUGUUUUUUUUUUUAAAAAUUUGCUUUUUAAAAUAUUCUUAUUGAAAUAUAGCCGUUUUAGGCACUAUUUAGCUGACCCAAACAGUGCCUUAACGGCUAUAUUGGUACAAAAACUUAUUUUUUGAAUUUUUUUUGAAAAAAAUCAUUAUAUAUAUUUAUUUAUUUUUAAAAAAAAAACUUUCAUUUUUUCUCUAUGAAUAUAUCAACCCUAAUUAUUAUUCACAUCAUAUUCAACCCCUAUUAUUAUUCACAUCAUAUUCAACCCAUCUUCUUUAGUUUUCAAUCUGCAACUGCAACCACUAAGUCAUUUUCUUAAUCUUUUAGUUAUAUUUUUUACUCAAGUUCAAUUUCAUGGAUCCUUCACCACCAUAUUACAACUAUUACUCCCAAUUCAAUUAAUCAAAUGAUAAUUUUGAUCCCUUCUUAUUUGUUAGAAAAAAAUCUCAAUUUGUUGGAGAUGAAUCUCAAUUUUUGUCUCAUCAACCAUCUUAAGUUUCCAACAUUCCUACUGAAGUGUCACAAUCUAGUAACUCCCAAUCUCUCAGAAAGCAAAGGGCUAUUCGGCCUCCUAAUUGGUCAACGGUUGAAGAUGAGGCUUUAUGUUAUGCGUGGAUGGCCAUUAGCACUGAUGCGAUCAUCGGUUUAGACCAACAAAAGACAGUGUUAUGGAUCCGAAUUCAAGAAAGUUUUGAGCAACACGUUAGUGGUGCCGAUACACUUAAAAAAAAUCAUAUCGCCUGCUUGAAUCGUUGGUCCAUCAUGCAAUAAAUGAUUAUCAAAUUUUCUAGAUGCAUGGCCUAGAUCGAAAGGAAUUACCCGGGCAAAACAAUGAGUAUAAGGUAAGUUAUUUAUUAUAUUAAAUUUAAUUGGUAGAUAUUUUAAAGAUUUGUCUUCUAAUAAUUAUUGAUUUUUAUUUUUUUAGAUGAUAGCAGCCAAACAGUUGUUUGCUCGUCAAAAUAAUACCAAAUUGAAGUUUGACAGUUGUUGGAACAUUUUGAAGAAUAACAAUAAGUGGCAUUUACAUUGUCAAAAAGAAUUGACAUUAAAAAAAAAAAAAAAAAAAAAAAAAAAAAAAAAAAAAAAAAAAAAACAGCCGAAGAAGAAGAGUGGAAUCCACAUUGAUGAUAGUGAGCCUAUUGGUCACUCAAACCCAUCUACUCCAUCAAGUAAUGCAGCAACGACACCAAGUUUGGUUGAACGAUCGGCGCACAUAGGCAAAAAUGAUCCGACGAAUAUUGAAGAAUGUCAGCGACCAGAAGGACGAAAAAUAGCAAAGCAAAGGCGAAAUAACAAUAAAAAACAAUCUGAAAGUCAAAAUGAUUUCAUUAACAAAUUCGAUCAUACAACAGCCCUUUAUCAAAGACAAUUUCAAACUCUUGAGGCCGCUCAAAUAGCACGAGAGGCACGCAAAGUAGAUAAAGAAAAAACCAGACAACUCGAGCUUCAAAGCAAACUAAGAGAGAUUAAAAAAAAAAAAAAAGAGCUGAAGAGAUGUUAAUCAUGCAAAAAGAUCCAGAAUCGAUGCCAACACAAGCUGGGAAAGCAUGGCUAAUUUGAACGCCAAAAUGAAAUAUUAGCAUCUAUACGCGCACGUGGUAAUUCAAGCUUUCCAUAAGAUUAUCUCAAACAUUCCAUAUGAUUGUUUUGUUUUUCCUAGUUGUUAUGUUUUUAAUUCAUGUCGUAUUGUAUUUAUUUUUAUUUUUAUUAUAUUGUUUAAAUUUGUUUUGUUUAAAUUUAUAUCGUAUCAUAUUGUUUUUAAUAAUAAAUAUUGUAUUGUUUAAAUUUUUUUUUAUAAUAUAGCCGUUUUAAAAAUAUAGCCGUUAGGAAAAAGUUAAAAAAUAAAAUUUAUUAAAAAUUUAAAAAAUAUUAAUAUUUUUGGAGAACGAAAAUACACCAUUGAAGUACAUCCGAUAGUUAAAAUUUAGAGAUUCUAAAGCGCUGACGUGACUAUUGAAAAAUGCUGAUGUGGCAAAUUUGGAAAGCCCAUUGGAGAUACUCUAAUGUUAGUCACCAGCUCCCCCAGAAAGGUAACAAUAGUGCACCUACUACAUGUAUCCCACAACUAGCUACCAACCUAACACUCUAAUUACAAUUGGCAAGCAACUACCUCUCCCUCCAUAGCCCACAAUCUCACAAAUUCACCUCCUAUUUCCCCACCAGUCAAUAAUCAUCAGCUAAAUUCUUGGUCUGAGAUAGUAAAGCAGGACUCCAACAGCAUAAAUUCGAAUACUCUGUCCCAAAUCCAGAUUUCUCCUUCAUUGAUCCACCUAAGGAGGUAGUAGAUGAAUGUCUCCACUUUUGGGUCUCUACCCAUUUGAUUGGACUCUUAACUCACAAAAGAAUUCCUUUUAAGGUAAUUCAAAAUGAUGCAUCUAAACUUUGGAUGUCUUAUGGACUCACCAAUACCAUCCUUGGGAAGAACAAUUCAUUCAUAUUCAGAUUCAGCUCCAGCAAAGAGGCAGGCAAUGUUUUCUUUAAAGGACCUUGGUCCAUUGUAGGUCACCCAUUUUCACUUAUGAAGUGGAAUUAAGACAGCAUCUCCAAACCACCUCACAUUGGAUGCCUACCAAUUUGGGCUAAACUCUACAAUAUCCCUUUCAAAUUUUGGACUGCAAAAGGGUUAAGCCACAUUAUCAGUUUAAUUGGUGAACCCCUUUAUGCCGAUCAGGCCACAGAAAGCAUAACAAAGUUGAGAUUUAUAAGAUUAUGCAUCAAUAUUACCUUACCAAACCACUAAAGUCAGAGGUACAAUUAAAGGAUGAGGAUAACCACUUUGUUUAGAUCAGAGUGGAGUAUUAAUGAGUCCCAAAAUUCUGCAACAGAUGCCACCAGCUCAACCAUACCGAUACAUUCUGCCUUCUAAACAUCAUUAAUCCACCAUCUAUUGAGGAUUGUGGAAAUGCUACCCUUUCUUCUCUUAUAGUGAACAAUGGCAGUCCAAUGUUAGUGCAACAAACAACUGAGUGGAUUACAUCCAGAAAGAAGAAGAAGAAAUUACCAGUAGUCCAAUCAGGAAAUCUGAAGCUCCUAGGUUCAUCACCAUCAACAUCUACUAACAAAUUUUGAUAGCCUAGCACAAUUGGAUCCAGGCAACAUUUCUUCCCCCCUCUUCCCCCAUCGGCAAAUCCAAAAUGCUUCAUUUAGAAGCAAAUUCUCCAUCCACAUCAACUGUUGUACCAUUGUCACACAGUAGGAGAUUGAACUUCUCACAAUUCAAUAGUCCCUCAACACGAAUUAUCAUAUGUCGUAGUCCACUUGUCCCUGGGAAUGCUAAUUCUCCUGCCAUAUUUCCUCAAUGAUGAACUCUUCCUCAACUGCCAUAAAGGACAAGCUUCCAUCAUCCUCACAUCCUCUACAUGCUUAGAGUCACCAGGAGGGUUUGAUCCUCUCAUCAUUGAGUGAACCUCCUACUUAGAGCCCACCAACAUCAACUUGUAACAUGAUGACAGUUGGAAGCCUAAAGAAAGCUGCAAGGAAUAAAUUAAGAAGUUAGAAGCAUAGAUUUGAUGUCUCAGAACAAUGGCUAAAGACAUCUUGGAGGUUCUUUCACUCCAACCUUUAAAUGAUCUCUUUUGUUACAUGGAAUAUUAGAUGGUUAAAUCAACCCUAUAAGAAGGCAAAGAUUAAGUGACUAAUCUCUGACAAAAUGCUUGAUUUAGUCUCAAUUGUUGAGACUAAGGUCUCUUCUUCAAAUAUAGGGUCAAUUCAUAGAUUUUUGGCCCCAAACUGGUCACUAAUCCCCAAUUACAACUACUCACACCUUGGUAGAGUUUGGGUUAUCUAAAACCCAAAGAUUAUUGACCUUACUAUCAUCGAUUAGCAAAUAGGCUAUACAUUAUUCUAUAUCUAUCAUAGGACACAAUGUAUCUUUUUUCACCUUUUUUAUACAUGUGUCUAAUCUUGUACAUGGAAGACAGUACCUGUGGGAUGACAAUAUAAGUCAUUCAAGCACCUUCAUGUAACAUAGCUUAUCAUGGGUGAUUUUAAUGUUUUUUGCACUGCUACGGAAACCUUUAGAGGUACACAGAAAUGGUGUCCAUCUAUGAUUGAUUUCAAAGAUUGCCUUCAACAGGCAGAGCUAGAAGACCUAAAGUUCAGUGACAUUCUCUAUUCUUGGAGUAACAAAAGUUUGGGAAAUGUUUACAUCACCAGAAAAUUUGAUAGAGCUCUUGUCAACCAUCAAUGGAGUUCCAAAUUUCCACUCUCAGAAUGUGAAAUUCUCACACUAGGAGUCUUUGAUCGUAGUCCAAUCCUAGUGACUAUGGAUUUUAAUAUCCCAAUUAGAUGCAUUCCCUUCAGAUUUUUCAAUUCAUGGACUACACCUUCUCAAUUUUUACCCUCUGUUCAUAAGAUUUGGAACAAUUUCAUCAAUGGCACAAUAAUAUUCCAAGUUAUACAAAAACUCAAAAUGCUAAAGUCAAUUCUUAGAGCAAAUUACAAAAGAGAAUUCUCAUAUGUUGACUCAAAACUACAAGCAGUGAAAGUAGAGUUGGAUGUUUGUCAAGUUAACCUUGAUCACUUACCUAGUGAUAUCAACUUAAGGCAUCUGGAAAGAGUUCUAAUUGCUGAGUACUUAAAACUGGCCAAGGUCGAAGAAGACAUGUUGAGCCAGAAGUCAAGUGUAAUAUUUCUCAUUUUUCAUACUUUCCAUUUUUUGGGGGAUUUUUUAAUUUUUUUCAGGAUUAUUUCUUUUUUGCCUCGUUUUAUGUGCUGGAUACCGUAGGGUGUGCCAGAUGAGUCCUGAGAGUUGGUUGGCGCAUUUCUUAGAGUCCAAGACUCUUAGGAAUGCAUUGUUGGCCAUUUCGUCAUUUUUCAUUUUUUCAAACCGGGAAGUUGAGGGUGGGACCCGCAACCAGGUUUGUUAUGCACAGGGAUUAUUUUUCGUGGCCGUUGCAUUUCGUACAUUAUUAUUUGAUACACGUUUAUGUGAAUAUGUGUUUGGGCAUGUGGUUGUGGCGUGCGCGCGCACACACACACAGACAGAGAUAGAGAGAUAAAAGUGAUGUUUUAUUUCAGUGGGGCCCGCCAUUAUUUUGGUCAUUAUAAUGACCAAAUGGUCAUUUGACCAUUUCAUUUCUUCCUUUCUUCCAUGCCAUUUCUUUCUUUCCUUCUGUAUUUUUCUUUUUCUUUCACCAUUUAAGCUUAGAUCUGCGCUCCAUCUUUGAGAUUUUGACUUUGCCACUGAAAGCAAAGUUAACGAGUAAGACGAAAGCUUGGAUUUGAUUGGAGCAAAGCUUGAUUUGGAGCACUUUGGUGAUUUCAAAAAUUGGGGGUUUUUCUUGGUUUUAAUUACUCAAAAAAGGUUGGGGUUUCUAAUACACUAUUUCUUUGAUUUUGGUGAAUUAUUUUCUUUUAAAUUUUGUCAAAAACAUGUUUAAUUUGUAAGUUUUGUUUAUGGUUAUUUGAAAUUAUAUGUAUAAUAAGCAUGAUGAGGUGCCCUACGUGUUGAAUGUGCUAAAUGACAUGCUUAAAUGAUUUAUUGUGAAGAUAUGCACAUAAAUGCUUGUAUACCAAAUGCUAUUAUUGAGGAAUUUGUUGUUUGAGAACUUAUUGAUUUAAUUUCCUAAAAGCAUGCAAUCAUGAUAUAGUGAAAUUGUGUAGAAUUUUAUGUUUGGCAUGGCAUUGAAAAGCAUGAAUCAUUCAUGCAUGAGCAUUGGGAAAGAAAUAGGAAAAAUUGUUUUAAAAAGAAAAAUGAAAAUUGUUUUGGGAGAAGAGAUUUGAAAAUGGUUUACAAAAACUCGAGUGCCUAGAAGCUGCCUAGUGGCGUUAAUGUGACUUAGAGGGAACUAGAGAGGGACCUAGCAUGGUUGAGUUAACUAUGCCCUAAAUGAUACCCUGGAGCUGCCUUAUGGUCAGGAAUGUUAGCUAAUCCUUCUCUCGUGGCGCUAUAGAGUUGCUAUAGGUCGGGUUGCAUUAACGGUUUGGAAUAAAAAAAAGGGAGAAGUUUUAGAAAAUGGAGAGCGACAUUGGCAUAUCAUUGCAUUCCAUUGCCAUAACUUUGUGUGUAUAUGGUCGGAUGGCCUGUGUCAUUGUUAUGUUGUCUUCUAAAAUUGCAUGAUCCUGUAUUUCUUUACUCUAUACUUUGUUUAGAUUCACGGGGUCAUUAAGAGGUGUGUCUUAGGCACCUCCUACUGAGCGGUUGUGCUCAUCCCUUAUGUUAUCAUUUUCAAGUCACAGGAAGGAAGUGGCGGAUGACAUUCCACCAUAGGCUUUGUAAUAUCCCGAUAUUUUAAAUGAUUUAUUAAAUUGGGAUUAAUUACUUUUAUUUUAUUUUUAAAUGAUUUAUUUGAUUUAAUUUGAAUUAAUUGCGUUUAUUUUAAGUUUUAAUUGAUUUGUUUUAUUGGGUGCUUAGAUUAAUUGUUUUAUUUUAUUUAUAUUUCGUGAAUUAUUGAUAUGAUGAUUGUUGUGUGUGUGUGCUUAAUUAUUGAUUCAAUUGUUGGCAUGUUGAUUUUAUUGAUAUGGUAUGACUUAGUUGUAAAUUCUUAUUUGUAUAUGUGUUUUAUGUAAUUAGUUAUUUUAAUUUAAGUGUUUAUUUAAUUAUUUUAUUUAUUUAAAUUAAUUGCAUUGGGCUUAGGGAAAGUUGGACUAAAGGAUAUGGUCUUGGGCUUAGAUAAAGUUUUGUUGGGUUAAUUAACAAAGGCUCAUGAUUGUGUGAUUAUUUAAAUGAUCGUUUUUAGAUAAUUAUAAAUAUAUAUAUAUAUAUACGAUUUAACUAACUAAUGAUUAAUUAUGGAAGGUAUAUAUUUAUA